UUUAAGAGAAGCACAGGCAACAUGGCAAGGUGUGUUAAACUCCACUCUUUCCUUUCUGCAUUCGUCUCUGGAAAACCUGGCUUUAUGGGAUUGAAAGUGGCAAGAUAUUUAACUAACACUCCACAGCUCUCAACUUUACAAAACAGGGCUGUUAGCACAAACCCAGUGUCUUACAACAGUUCAGCAGAGGAAUGCAAGUCAAGUGACAAGGUUGUAGUACACUUUGUGAACCAAAAAGGAGAUAGAACUACUAUUACAGCCACAGAAGGUGAAACCUUAUUGGAUGUUGUGAUUAACAUGAAUUUGGACAUCAGUGGGUUUGGUGCCUGUGAGGGUACAUUAGCUUGUUCAACAUGUCACCUGAUAUUUGAAGAGGACAUUUAUGCAAAAAUGGAACCUUUGGUAGAUGAAGAGAUAGAUAUGCUGGAUUUGGCUUAUGGGCUGACCAAGACAUCUCGCCUGGGCUGUCAAGUGUGUGUUCAGAAAUGGAUGGAUGGCAUGACUGUCCGUGUGCCACAGGACGUGAUGGACAUGAGAGAGACCAUCGAGUCCAGACAGAAUCAAUGAACCAUCUGCAACCUCUGCUGAAGCAGGCUCUGAAAGACCUUGUUUGAUCUUUUUUAUCACUUGGAACAUCUUUUAACAAUAUUCACUGUUUAAAACUGAAACACUGCAUUAGAGCCUUGGCUAGACAUCCUGGUUUCUUUAUUGCUCAAUUUGUAGUUGGUUUAACUCUUUAGCUGCUUAAAACCACUGUAGUGUUGAAGGCAUCUACAUUUAUACUUCCAGAAUGUGCACCACUAAAAGCUACUUUAUUCAUCCAGCACUCACUAAGGUGAUAUUUUGAAAAGUAAAGCAUGACUAUGCUAGUUCUUUCUUGAUAUGCAGGACUCUUCAGAAGUUUAUUCUGAAGCAUUUAAACAUGUUUGGCAUGUAAGUCUGAUUGAUGAAUACUUCAGAGUUACUAUACUACUUUGAAAUGCAAGUACAAAAGCUGUUUAAACAAUGCUAUAAAUAUUUAUAACUUGUUUUCUAGUAAAUAAAACCCAAUUUAAUUCAUUUUGAAGCAUUUAUUUUUAAUUGUGUCUUGAAAAUAAAUGUAUUUAUUAACUAGCUUCCCAU